CCCCACCGGGCCGUUGCUACGGGAGGAGAGUAGGCGGUAAAAACGUAAACACUGAGGCGUCAUGUUGGAGGAGACUUUUGAGAUUGUAUAGCACCUAGCUACUCGUCAGUGCAUCGCUUUCUUAAUAGAAGCGCACUUGUUGAAUGUUUUGGUUAUAUAUAUAUAUUUGAGCUGAGCAGUUUUGAUUUUAAUCCAACCAGGGACAGCGAAUGUUAUAUUAGCAAAGUUAGCUGGUUAGCUUAGCAGCUCGCUAGCUUAGGUUAAUUGCUCAGUGUAGCCGUAGUUUAUUCUCGCUAACGCUGCUGACUAUCUGGUCCUGAUGCAACAAAAUGGAGAACUACGAGACUUUUGUUCAGCACCGACUUUCCGAAAUGAAGAAAAGUGAGGAAGAAGGGGGGAAACCUUUGCCUGCAUCCUCUCUCAUCCGCUUCUAUGGACGACCCAUCCUUCCUCCCCUGCUCUCUAGGAAACAGCGAGAGGAGAUGCAGCGACACAGAAAUGAAGUGCAAAAAGCCUCCACCCAGAAAAAGCUGAAAGAUGACGCCAGAAUGGCACAUGUAAAAGCCAUUCUGCACAGCAUCCAGCUGAGGACUACUCCAACACUGGAGGAGUUACUUCGAGAAACAGAGCUUGAUACGCAAUCUUCAUAUUCCCACAAUUCCAGCAGAGGAUCAGUGUCUCAGGGUCAUGUUUUUGGUGGCACAAAUGAUCGUCUUUCGCCGCCGCCACCACCUGUAAAGAGAGGAGAAAACGAUGCUUCUCUUCCGCCAUUGACAUCAACAACAUAUAGUGCCUUUUUUGCCUCAAAUGUUACACCUCAGAACUAUGAAAGAUGCCUUAUUGAUCACCAGGGAUCACAGCCAAGUUACUGUAGAGGUGGGAGCCACCAGCCAUUGUCCUUAGGUUAUGUGACAUCUGAGAAUGUGGAAAACGCUACCAAUAUCUCUGAGUGGAACGAUGCAGAAAGCGACAGUCGUGGAUUUGGCUCUGCAAACGGAGUUCAUAACUUGAGUGGCUUUUUCCUGCAUACCACUUCAAACACAAUUGCCAAAAUGCCAGAUAUUAUUAGCCACCCUCCCAUAGACGGAGAGGAGCUGGAGAGGAGUGGACUGGAGAGGUCCUUUUGUGAUAACUUAAUAGGAGUAAAAGAUGUUUGUUGCAUCUCACUUCAAGAGGAUUCAGCCAUAUGUGACCCUUUACCAGCAGAACAGUCUGGAAGUAGCUUUCCUGACAGUGUGGAGGUUGAUGCUGAGAGUCCCCUUAUGACAAUACUUGACUCUGUUAAAGGUGGAAAUUUAGACCAAAAUGAAGGAUCGGCUGCUUUGCUGGAAGAAGGUGUCUCUUCAGGCAGUACGGAGUUAUUGCAGGUGUUAAACAGUCGUCUCUGUCUGACAGCAGGACAGGAUAUUCAGCACAACCACAGAGAAGCCGAACCAGCAGAGAGUCCGGUAGACGAAGGAGACUCAAAGCCACCCGAGAAACCUUAUCGCCUGAGUCUCCAGGCCUUGCUGAAGAAAUCUCAGGAGUAUCGACGGCGCCAUCGGAUGCUUAGGAACCAAGCCAAAAACACUAAAUUCCAGGACAGGACUCAAGAACAGCCAAGAGAGAGGGCGGAGGAGCAGAGCCUCUCUGACAAGGAGAAUGACGAGUUCCCUGACAAGGUUACUGUGACUGUAGAGGGGAAGAAAGUGAAAGAGAGGGGAAACACUGUUAUGCCGUCUAUGGAGAUAUCACCCAAGAAAUCCUGGGAGGAUGAGAAGACACUUGAGAGCGAAUGCACUGGGAAUAAGAUGAACAUUGAAUCUGAAAACUCACUAACCCAAGAUGAAAAUAAAGUGGAACAGAGCAGUGAAGACCAAACAGCCCUAAAAAAUAAGCUUAACAGUUCACAAGAGGGCAUAAUAAAGCCUAAAUCAAUCAGUCCCCUCAUCCAGCAGCAGUCAGCUGGAACCUCCCGUGUUCAAGAUGCCUUUUAUGUGACCACCUCUACGAGAUCAUCUUCUCAAGGAACUGGGAAAUAUUGCUGUUUGCCGGCCCCAAACUUCUGUAGAAGUCCUGUACACUCUAAAAGCAAAGAUAGCACCAAAGAUGGAGAAGAUGAUGAUGAUAGGCAAGAGACUUCAGAUGGGAAAUAUGAGAUCAAUAUAGGUUUGAAUGAAGACCACAAGGCUGAAGAUGAUGUCCUGGGUCAUGAAAACAUUCCUUCCACUGUGAAUCUCACGAUUGAUGAGGAUGUGACGAAUGUUUUAGCUAAAAGUUCACAGCACAUAGAUCAACUCGAGUCAAACCUUUGCAGCUUAAAGGAGCUGAUCUCAGAUCUGGAGUCAACAGUAAAAGAAAACAUGGACAGUCAGUGCCAAAGCGAGUUUACUUUCAAAGAUAUCAAGCAAACUAGAAGUGAUCAACACGUGCAGCCGAGUCCUGAUGCUUGUGAGGAUGAUGAUGAGGAGGAGGAGGAGUGCAAAGUGUGGCCGGAAAGACUAUCAUUCAAGAAUCCCAAAAACCUGUUCAGAGGUUCAGGACAAGAACUCAGCAUCACUGACAAUGUUCGUGUGACAGAACAGGAGAAAGUAGAAGAGAUGGUAAACAUGAGUGAGCUCAGACUGGUCAAAACAGUAGUUACAGAGAGAGAAAAGGGAGAAGGAACAGGUACAGACGGACUAACCAAGAGUUCUACACAGCACGGUGGCUGGAGAAAGCAGCAGCCACUUGCUAAACACGUGCAGUCUGUAACCCAGAGGAUGCGUAUUCCUUGUGUAUUCCGAAAUGUUUCGUCUGAAACCGCGAUUCCUUUAGAAGUCCCGGUGCAUUCAGAUACCAGCAGCCACGUUUUGUUGAGGAGGAAUGAGAUGGCAAUCGACGUACAAAACCGUUCACCGUCUCUCAACGAGUCAUACGAUGUGGACACACCAUCUGGCCUGUGGCUCGUCGAAGCGCCGGGAUCUGACUUAGACUCGCAAGAUCGUCUUAUUCAGAAGAACCAUCUGACUCCGGAGAGUGAAGGUGAAGGUCAGGGAGGGGUGUCCAAGGUCAAACGGCGGCUGCUCAUGCAUGUGACGGACGAGGCCCCAGAAAGGAGUGCAGACACCAGCGAAGGAGGAGGCUCCGUGAUCAGACCCAAUUCAAGCGCUCCCAGAGAGUCUAGGUAUGAAGGCCAUGGCAGCCAAAAGGACAAGCAGGAGCAGCUAAAACUGGCCCAUGCUGCUCAGGUCAAAGCGCUGCAGGACGAGCACAGGAAGCAGCAGGAAGAACUACUACAGGCGUUGGCAGAGCGUUACCGUCUCCUCCAGAGCGUGUCCUUCCCUUGCUCCAUGUCAAGCUCACGUCUUGGGGACACGUUGACCUUUUCCACCAUCUCGCAGCCCUGCAGCUCACCGUCGCAGCGCUACCGCCCCCUGCUGUCGGCGGCCGUGAAGGGCUUUCUGACUCGCAGGUUGUUGAGGACUGAGCGAGUGGCACAGCUGGUGCGCACCAUCAGGGACACGCAUCAGUUCCUGCAGCAGAUCCCCGGCAAAGAGGAGUUGUGUAGCAGACAGGACGUCUUAUUGCAGGAGAGAGUCACUCUCCAGCUGCGCGCCGCACGUUAUGAGGUUUACGACAUAUUCUUCAGCCUGACAGCCAGAGAGCGGAUGCAGCUCAUCAGCUGGGACAGAGAGCUGGCCAGGGAGAAAAAGCUCCGACUACAGAGUGGACAUGCAGGCCGUCCAAGAGGACAGAGUUCUCUGUCUGCUGCAACGCAGAAAUCACUGGAGAGGAAGAGAGGAACCAUGAUCCAGAAGAAGGCUGCAGAAAGGCACCGGGGGGUUACGACGAGGACCGGACCAAAACCUGGAUCCUCUGCCGAGCAGCCGCUUGGAACCAAACGGGGGCAGUGCAGAGCAAAUCCUCAGAGAGUCCCCAAGAGCACUUUCUCCUCGAGACCCCGAUGACAAUCUCCUAAUUGGCCCCAGUGAGGACUCCUAACAAGGCCUCUAGUGAUCACAUGAAUAGUGUAUAACUAAUCAUUUGAGAGUUGUCCACACUUGACUCAAACUGAUGCCGGCUGCUGACUAAUAUAUAGUCUUCUUUCUUAUCCAGAGUGCUGGGAAUUUUUUUACUCUAACGCUGUGUAUAAUUUAGUGACUACAGCUUCCUAUGUGAAUACAGGUCAACUGCAGCCAUUUACAAAGUAGCUCUGUCAGUGUCACAGUUUUUACCAGGUGUGCUUCUAGUACUUUUCACCAUCUUCGUCUUAAAGAUGUUUGUGAGGAAAGAAGUUCAGACUCAGCAAACAUUUUGACAUGUCACAACAGAGAAGCUCAGUUUUUUGGAAGUGUUCCAGUAAGCCAGUGGUAAUAACCUAAGAAAAACUGCAAAAAAAUGUACUCAUGCAACACAAUACCCAUGGUAAAGUUUUGUAUAUUCAUAUUUUUGCAUCUUAAAAACAACAGAUCAUUGUGUUAAGAACUCCUUAGCUUACUGUGUACAGCUUGUGACUAGGGUCUGAUUUGCUUUGCAUUAAUGCGUGAAACUAAAACGAAAGCGUCCACAACAUAUAUCGUUUUUAGGAGGAGAUAUCCUGUGUUGUCACAGCAGGAAAAAGCACGGGUGUAAUCGACAGCAUUAAAACUGAACUUCCUGCCAAUGAGACAUUUCCAGGAGCCUUGUUUGGUCACUUGGACACCUGGAAAAUGUGUUCCCUUCCUCCUGCAAGGAUUCUUCAUGUUUUUGUGCCUGUUACCAAAAAGAAUCGAUCUCCAUAUUUAUUAGCACACACUGAACCUUUCUAGUGUAAUAUUUACAGUAUUUCCGUCCUCACAAAUGUUUAGUUCCUCGAGGCUAAAACUUGAACAUUCUUUAAGGUUGCCUUCAAUGUUUGCACUGUAUUGGAAUUAUAUAUCAGCCAAGCUUGCGUUUUUUAUUCUUGGAGAUUUUUCCAUCUAUUUUAUAUGUUAUUUAUUUGUAUUUAGUUAUUAAUAAAUGUUUUUUUUAAC